AUGCACCGAUUACUUAUCAUCGUUGUCGCAUUCGGGAUUGCGCAGGCGCGUCCCGGACUCCUCUUCGCACAACCCUUGCACGCUGGCAUCGAAUAUGCUGAGCCAUCCCCCCCAGCUGUUCAACCACAUCCUGCUGUAGAAUUAAACGCGGCCAGCGAAGCGCUGCUACCUCAAGAACUAUUAAAGUCCAGGGACUUUUAUGAUAACCCAGAAAUAGCGGCGGGGUUAGCCAAGGAAUCGUGGUUCACGAAUAAGGAGAUGCAAGUGGUUGAGCGUGAAGCCGAGAAGAUUCCUCGUCAAAGGAUCUAUGAUAUGGUGAAAGGUGCUGGGUUUUUAGACCAGCAUUAA